AUGGACGACGCUUUUCACGAUUAUCAUGCCUCCAUGGCUCCUCGGCCGGUUCGCAAGAAAUUCGCUAAACCGCCGGUAAAAGUUGCUUGUCUGCCUUGCAAAAGAGGCGGGCCCCGGAAGAAAAGACAAAAGUCGUCUCCCUCUCCCGAAUCCGACGAAAAGCAGCAAGAUGAUGUCCACUAUGAGGCGGUGCCAUCCGCUUCGGGGUUUGAAGAACAACCGGGGAUGUUCAGCCAAAUCGAUGUGCUAUCCCUGCCCGGAGCUGGUCUGCGGCAUUUGGAUUUCCAAUCCGACGUUCCGUCCAUGUUCCAGGGCUUCUAUACUGGCGACGCGAGUCAGUCGCACGUUCAGAUGGAGCCGAUAGCGUCGCCCUUGAGUAACACUCCUCAAUCCUUUGUCAGAAGCUAUGGCAGCGAACCAGAAAUAUUGAACGCCUAUUAUGAUUUUAUUCAUCAUUAUUUUCCUAUUCUGCCGCCUCGGGCCUCGCCCCCAUGCCGGGAUCGUCCCUUGCAGUACUCGGUCUCCUGCUCCAGUUCGCCAUCAGAGGAAGCUCUGAUGAUGUAUCGGCCUCGCUCUCCACUGAGUCUGGCAAUAUCCGCCGUUCUAGCGUUGAUCCCGCACCCAAGUGAUCCGGAUCCGUCGUCGUCAGCAUCCGUUUUUCAACGCCGGACGUAUGCGCAUUCUCUUGCACAGCUUGCCAAUUCGACUAUCGAGACAGAAUGUGAUCUGGAAAUGUCAUCUACUGACCCCGGCCGGGCAUUAUCAGCUGCGCGGCCUUUUGUUAGCCGGGAGCGAUUCCAUCCUCAGACCCCGGUGGAUUUGGAGUGUCUCUUGGCUUUGCUGGUCCUUUCGGUUUAUGAGUAUUCUCAGCGAGGAAAUUUGCUCAAGAUGAGGUAUCGUGCCGGACAAGCUUUGUCCAUUGCUCUGGACAAAUCGCUACAUUCCCAAGUCGGGAACGAUGAGUUUUCGGAGGCUCGGCGACGAGCGUGGUGGAUGACAUAUUAUUGUGUGAUCCAAGGGUCUAUUGUGAGCACAACGCCACCUGCUAUCGUCAUCAAUGAUCCUCAGUUUACGACUCCGUACCCGUCAUUCUCAUCCGAUGCCGAGGGUUGGUCUAUCUUGAUACAAGCCCAGCAAGUGCUCGUAUCUGCAACUCAAUUCAUUGACGACCUGAACAAGUGUCUAUCGUCACAGUCAAGCAUGCACUACCUGUUUGAACGGAUGCAGCAGCUCGAUUCCUGGACCAAUUCUGUUCUCUCGCAGGCAGAUCUGCCCCCUAUCACCACUCACGAAUCAGAGUUUGGCGACCACCACGAAACCCUCACAGCGCAAAGCAUCCGCGCAAUAUCCCGAAUAAAACUGUCCAGCGCGCAAAUCAAGACCCAUCGUUUCCGAGCCUUCUCGGAUAUUCCGAUCUUCAUUAAAAGGCACUGCGACCUGACGGCUGCAAAUCCAAGCAACCAAGCCCCCGAUCCUAGCGCCAACCCCGCGACCACUGCCAAGGCGAUUACGAGCCUGUCAUGUUCCUGCAGCAACCUGGAACCCUUCCAGCGCGCCUCUUCCACCGAAUACAUGACCCCCUCCGACUCGUCGACCUCAUCCGACAUCCACCCGUACGUCCCACAGUAUCCACAGUAUCCGCAGUACCCCUUCACCGCCGGGUUCCCUUACAGCCCGCAGCACUCGGCCAAAGUGUGUCUGCGGGCCGCGCUCGUCAUCUCGCGCAUGUUCCAGAGUCUGCCCAUUCCACAGCCGCUCCCGGAUACCCGGCAGCACACAUCAUCGCAACACCCGGGCCGCCCGUUACCUCGGACUAUGCCAUCAUUUGCGUGCUGUCUGAUGCAGAGCAGCUAUGCCAUGUUUAUGAUCUUCUACAAGGCCCGGGUCGCCAAGCAGCUCUCGCCCGAAUCGGAUAAUGACCAGGCCAGAGACUCGACGGAUUGCCUGGUCGAAGAGCUGCGUCAGGGCCUGCAGCGGAUUAUUACGACGGUGUCCAAUUACUCGCUUGCUUUUGAGGCGUUGGAUGGGAUGAGAGACGAAAUCGAAGGUGCAUAUCAAACGGCGUUCCCUUCGGUAUCCGGUUAA